AAAAGCCUCUGCAACGAGGAGUACUGUGUGUAAGUAGUGCUCAUACUCCCUCAAUUUGGACCCCUGCUUCGCGAUCGCUUCAGUUUCCAGAUGUAGAGCCUAUUGAUCGAGGGACUCGAUGCUCAUCUCAGACUAUGCCGUACAGUACAGAUCAAAUUUGAUUACGGUGAAUACCCGCUCUGGCGCAACUGCGAUUCCUUUAGUCCUCCUAAAACCCCUGUUUUCCGCACAAUGUACUACUGGUCACCAAGCGCCUGCCAUAACACAUCUUGAAUUUAUAAAGCAAGCUGUUCGUUGGAGAUUUGUAGCACCAUCAGACCACACUUACACCAACUAUGUCUAUGCUUCGUCUGUGCUUCGCGGUUUCCAUUGGUGUUCUCAAUUGGGUAGUAACCUCGAAUCCAGCGCCAAAGCCAAAGAAGCAUGAGGAGGUGACUUCCAGUAAACAGGAAACGUCUUUCAUCUCGAUUGCUUUGAACUUCUAUGGAGUUCCACUUGGGAUAUUGCUAUUGGCUGCCGUCCUUGAAUCAUGCGUCGUUCUCGCAGUCCAGUACCCAACAGAGCUGUCGCCAGUCGUAACGUCCUUGCUUUUCCCGGAAGGCGGAUUUGACUCAGCAGCACACGUUUCAAUCACACCUUUCGCACUCAUCACGGGGAUUACUGCUGUAUUCGGUUGUCUCCUACGCUAUUUCUCUAUCAAAAGGCUCGGUCAUCUUUUCACCUUCCGUCUCGCCGUUCGAACCGAUCACGCUUUAGUCACCUCAGGCCCGUACGCUUAUGUUCGUCAUCCUGGGUACACGGGUAAUAUAAUCGCCGCAAUAGGAUCGGGAAUGUUUUUCCUCGGCCCGGGAUCCUAUGCAUAUGAGUGUGGGUUGUUGAAGACGAUUCCGGGAGUUAUCUGUACAGUCACAUGGGUAGGAUGGAAAUUAUUCACGACCGUUAAUAUCAUCCGUCGUACGGCCUUCGAGGAUGAAUUUCUCAGGGCGAAGUUUGGUAAACAGUGGGAUGCAUGGGCUCGGAACGUUGGGUACAGGCUUUUGCCAGGUGUCUAUUAGUCUGCUUUUACAGUAAACUGAAACUACCAAAAUGCAAUCCUAUUUCUCCGAAAAAAGCGGGUUAAAGGUAAGAUCACGAUAAUCUGUAAAUACGGACUGCUGCACCCCUCCCUAUAUCCUACUAUUACCAUCGAUCAUGGUACAUGGACAUUAUUCGAAUGUUUUUUUAUAUGGUGCAAGCAGGUGCUUAGCUGCUCGGACACUGAUAGGAAUACAAAUAGCAUUACCACGCCUCCGCAGGGUCACGUAG